AUGAAAUUCAGUGGCUUGUGGUGUUGGUUGUUAUUAUUCCUUAGCGUUAAUGUUAUUGCAUCUGAUGUGGGUGAGUUGAUUGAUCAGGACGACGAAGUAAUUACACAAAAGGUGUUUUUCGAUAUUGAACAUGGUGAAGAGAAAGUUGGCAGAAUCGUUAUUGGGUUGUACGGAAAGGUAUGUCCUAAGACGGCGAAGAACUUCUACAAGUUAAGCACCACCACUAAUUCCAAAAAGGGGUUCAUCGGGUCCACUUUCCAUAGGGUGAUUCCCAACUUCAUGGUACAGGGAGGGGACUUCACAGACGGCACUGGCGUUGGUGGCAAAUCCAUCUAUGGAGAUACUUUCCCUGACGAAAACUUUACUUUGAAGCAUGAUCGCAAGGGCAGACUAUCGAUGGCUAAUCGUGGUAAAGAUACCAAUGGAUCUCAGUUCUUCAUCACCACUACGGAAGAAGCGUCGUGGCUCGAUGGAAAGCAUGUGGUAUUUGGACAGGUUGUGGACGGCAUGGAUGUGGUGAACUACAUACAGCACGUGUCCAGAGAUGCGAAUGACAAACCUCUCGAGGCGGUCAAGAUCGCAAAAUGCGGUGAGUGGACGCCUGAGCUCUCUUCUUGA